CUCUCUCUCUCUCUCUCUCUCGCUUCGUAGACCUUACGCCUUUAACUGUUCCGUUCGUCCUCUCUCUCUCUCUCUCUCACUCUCUCGCUUCGAGACCUUACGCCUUUACCUGUCCAGUUGCCGGUCUUUUGAAAACCCUAAACCCGUCCCCCUCCCCUCUCUCUCUUGCAGGUUCUUGGGUUCAGGCUAGGUAGCUCUGUAUCACUUCUUCCUCGUGUCUCCUUUCUCUAUCUAGAAAACUCCCCUCUUCCCCUCGUUUCAUUACUCGAGACAUUUCUCUCUCCCUAACUUAUUCGGUGCGGCUGUGGCCAAAGGCACGAGAAACAAAAGAUCUUUCGUUGCUUCAUGUAGUACGUAAAUCUCAGCCCUGUAUAAACCCGAGUCUCAGGAUUUGUUUCUCUUUUUUUCUCUCUGUUCGAUAUUCUUUAUAGAUUUGUUUCCUUCUCAGUAUAGAGUUUUGGCUUAAUUUUGGAUGCACAUUAUGUCAUAGAUUAAGUUGUCGUAAAUUUUUUCUUAAUUUUGGGCGCAUUUUGCGUCAUAGGAAAGUCUUGAUUCGAUAAUUUAAUGGGUGGUAAUCGAUCAUGUUGAAAGAACAACAAAUUGGGCUUUUAGAGAAAGAAGUUGUACAGCGCCAUGGCCAAACUAUCUGAAAUCUUCAGCAACUUUGCUAAAACAUCCAUCAAAAAGCCACAAACCCUGAUUCUAUCAGCCUCCAAGACAAAACCCAUUUCUAAUCAUCAAAAACAAAGAAAACCCACUUCUCGGAUUAAUGAGCAUGUAUCGAAUUAUCGAAAUGAAGGAAAACCCAUUUAUGAGAUUCACGAACCUAUUCAUAAUUAUGAGAAAGAAAGAAAACCCAUUUCUCAGAUUCAUGAACCACGGGCCUCUUGCUCGCUCAUCUACCGGUUGGUUGAGAAAAGGAACUUCUCUCCUGCCAUGGCUUCUCUCAAAUCUCUUGCUCUCAGGUACCCUCUUUAUGUUUUAAUGGACUGUAUAGUCGAGGAAUCCUCCAACAAACAUCCAGAGCUUGCAGGCAAGGUUAUUGAUAUGCUGUUCAGAACCUAUUCCAAUGAAAACAUGAUCAAAGAAGCCCGUGAAACCUUUGACUACAUGAAUAAGUAUGGCUACAAUCUUGAUGGAAGGUCCUGUAAUUCUUAUCUAUCAGCGCUUAGAAACUCUGGCGAAUCUAGUUCUGCCGUAGAAUUAUUUCAUCGAAUGUUUGAAUUGGGUAUUGAGACUUCUGUUCACUCUCUUAGCAUUGUUGUAGAUGGGUUUUGUCGAAGUGGUGAUAUUGAAAGUGCUAAAGCUUUCCUCUUAGAAUCCAGUCACAAAGGAAUAAAACCCAACAUUUACACAUAUAAUUCUUUUAUUCAAGCUCAUGUCAAGAAUGGGGAUUUCGAGGGGGCAUACACAAUUCUUCAGUCCUUAGAACAAGAAGGUAUUUCUCCAAAUGUCACAACAUACACUGCAAUUAUUAAUGGUUACUGUAAGUUUGGCCAGCUGGAAGAAGCUGAGAGGGUCUUUAGAGCGAUGAAGGAAGCAGGCUUGGUGGGUGAUCUUCAUGCCUAUACAUCGCUUAUAAGUGGGAAUUGCAAUGUUGGGAAUAUAAAGCGUGCUCUCUCUCUGCAUGAUGAGCUUAUGGAAAUAGGUCUGUGCCCCAAUGUCUAUACAUAUGGGGCAUUGAUCAGUGGCCUUUGCAAGCUUGGCCAAAUGGAGGCAGCUAACAUGAUCGUCACAGAGAUGCAAAGCAAAGGCAUUGAUCUAAAUGAGGUUAUUUUCAAUACCAUGAUGUGUGGUUAUUGCAAGAAGGGUAUGUUGGAUGAAGCUCUCGAAUUACAAAAAGUCAUGGAGAGAAAGGGUCUUGUUCUUGAUGCAUUUUCAUUCAAUACAAUUAUCAGUGGGCUAUGCAAAUUGAAUAGGUUCAUUGAAGCCAAGAGGCUGUUUGGCUCCAUGAUAAAUAUGGGCAUCUCGCCAAAUAUAGUGAAUUUCACCACACUAAUAGAUAUACACUGUAAGUGUAGGGAAAUGGACGAAGCCAAGAGGGUAUUUAUGGAGAUGGAAGUGAAGGGCCUUAAACCAAAUACCUUUACUUACAAUGUGAUGAUAGAUGGGUAUAGCAAAAAGGGUAAUUUGGUGGCUGCUAAUAAGUUGAGAGAAGAGAUGGAGGAGAGAGAAAUAACAGCAGAUGUGUAUACAUACACGUCUUUGAUACAUGGGCACUGUGUGCAUCGGAAGCUCGAAAGAGCCCUCAAAUUGUUCAAUGAAAUGAAAGGGAAAGGCUUGCUACCAAAUAUUGUUACUUAUACUGCUAUUAUCUCUGGUCUAUCUAGAGAAGAGAGAUCAGAUGAGGCUUUUGAGUUGUAUGAUGAAAUGUUAAAGGCAGGUCUUAUCCCAGAUGAUGCCUUAUAUGCAUCACUAGUUGGUAGCCUUCACUCAUCCAAGUUAUAUGGUUAGUUGGGGGAAAUAUUUUUUUGUCUAACCAAGUGAAAGCUGAUUUGAAUUAUUGAAAAUUUGUGGCUAAUGAUUGUAUUCUCGAGGGUUCUGGCUCAUGGCUUAGUACUUGGGGCACAAGAGCCUCGAUCCCAAGGUUUUAGGCUUGCUCACUUGAAAACAAGGAUGUCUGUUCUGUUCUUCUGAUGACCAGGUCCAUUUUGAUUGGGGAUUGUGGACUGUGAACUGGUUCAUUAUGAUGUGCCCCAGUGGACUGAUACAGGCAGACAUAUGUAUACACGUGCAUACACACAUAAGUACAUAGAAACAUACAUCAUACAGACAAGUGUCUGCACGCGCACAUGUGCACAUGUGCUUGUGCAUGAACUCAAAACCUUGGGAACGAGAAGAUAUCCAUACUACUGGGCACUAGCAUGAGAAAUGGAAUACAUUUGAGUGUUAACAGUGGAUAUAACCUUGUGAAAAAGAACAUACAUUGACCUUGAACUAAAGCUCAACCUAUGGUGUUGGCUAUCUAAAUUUUUUUGAUAUGGUUCUUAUGUUAUAUGUAAUUUCUUCGAAUCUUUUCGUGGGAUUCAUGAAGAAAAAACUGUUCUUUCUUUUCAAUAAACUUGAAACAAAAUGAUUACUCGAGGAUGAUGGGGAAUGAGAAGCUGCAGAGGUGGGAAUGGAAGAAUUUGAGAAGAGGCUUAUUGGAGGCUCUCAUGAAGGAAUUGCCCGUGUAGCUGAGAAGUAGAUUUCUACAUCAUGCAAUCAGAAAUGUAUAUAUCAGAGUCUUAAUGUAGUGAUAGCAAGAUGUGGAAGGUAAAUGAAGUUCUUUCAGUUGUCUUUGGGCAAUCUUUUGAUGGCCAUUGAGGAUUGCUGCCGAGAAGGCAUUUCUUA